GUGCAGCCAGUGAGUUAAAAGAAAGCAAUGAUGUCAGAAGGGACGGACACGCAGGUACAAACGUCGUGUUCCUGUAUCUAAAAAUCAACACAUUUUCGUGAGAAACAGAUCGACGCUUCUGCCAUGGCGGACGAAUCGAAGCCUUCCGAAGUCAUCACCUGUCUCAAAGAUCAAGGAUGCCCUUUAAACAGACUAUGCGAAGGAAUGGCCUACUACGACUCACCGCAUAUUGUGCGUACGCGUAGUGCAACGCCACUGACACCGGAGAUGACAAAAAUACUUCCAUAUGUCUCUGACAAAACCAUCUCCCGUCAUCUGGGGUCGUACGGCAAGAGCAUGGACUUAGGGCACGCCCGCAAUUUCUUCAACAAUGCCACGCGAACAGUGUACUCCCGGUACAGUCCUCAUGACUGGAGUCUCGCAAACACCAUGCAUUUCUCCACUUCAGAGAAAGAGCGCUCCUUUGCCGAGAGACUUCGUGCUGACGCUUGGAGGGCUGUGAAGGAAACGGACGCUCGUACACGCAACAGACAAACAGACGUCACCAAGAAGCUAGGCGAGAGGAUGGUGGACAUCAUCUUUUGGAGGAACGAGCUAAAUUCUGAGAUCGGCGCAGUGGAAGUCGAAAGUAACAACCUGAAGGAAUACCGGCGCAUGCUGGAGAAGGCACUGGGCGACUCCGCCAACCCCCUGCACAUUGCAGAGGAGUGCCUCAUUCAGCGAGAGAAGCGUCAAGGUAUAGACCUCGUCAACGAUGAGGUGGAGAAGGCGCUGAUCAAAGAGGUGGAAGUCAUCAAGAGGUGCCAGGCCCGCAUGAAGAAGAACCUGGACAAGGCCUUCGUGCAACUCAAGAUGAAUCGAGCGGCUCAGCACGCGCUGGAGAUUGACGCCAAAGACAAGACCCACGCGCAGAACUUGGACGACCGCAUGCAACAGCUGCGCAACAGCUCUGCAGGAAUCGGUUUCGUUCCUGGCAUCGAGAACGUCGAUAACACAAUCACCAUGCCCGAGUCGUGGGCGCGCUACACACAGGAGAACAUCGCGCGCUCCCAAAAGGAGCGUGCUGACUCGGAGCGACUGCGGGGCCUGAUCGACACCUGCUUGCGCCAGUGCGCCAACGAGAUGUGGAACAACUUCAACGCCGUCAACAACGCCUUCAACACGAGAAUCCGUGAGACUAUAGACACUAGGAACAAGCUGCAAGCCCACCUUCAGAAGACGAUGCAAGAGAUUUUUGACAUGGAGCGAAAUGUCAGCCUACUACGCAAGUCCAUCCAGGACAAGGAGUACCCCAUGAAGGUGGCGCAGACCCGCCUGGACGAGCGCACGCGCAGGAUCAACGUGGAGCUGUGCAAUGACUUGGUCAUGAAGUCGCUGCAGCAUGAGGUGUCUGAGAUCCGUGACUCGGUGAGAAUUCUGAGGGAACGCCUUAAAUCCUCUGAACUGGCACUCGCACGCCUGAUGAAGACCAAGGCCGCCCUGGAACACGACAUCUCAGUCAAGGAGAACUCCCUUCGCAUUGAUUCUUCCGUGUGCAUGGGGAUGCGCAAAGGCUUUCCCAUGGAUCCCAAAGUCGGUCCCAUUUUCCAGAUGCCCAUAUGCUAGGUACAAGCUUUUAGUUCCAUGCACACAGGCCUGGUGGGCCUUCCACUGGGCUUGUGCUUUUCCCAUUCUCAGCUCUUCAAAUGCCGAUUCGGUGCUUGUCCUGUGUCCCUUGUAUUCCAUCUGAGAAAUAGAGCACUGCUUUUGCAGUAAACAUUAAAGUCUUUAAAAAAAAAAUAAUAUUUGCACUUUUUGGAGGGUGGGGGUGGGAUACAUUGCGAAAGUUAAUCAUCGAUACAGAUUAGUAAAUGACACUUUUGAAGAACUUUUCCGAAGCCAUUGUGUUUCGAGAAAACUACGCGAUCAACAAUUAGACCGCUAUUUUCUUAAAAUAUGAUAUUAAUGAACAGAAGAAAAUACCUAUUUGAAAGCCUAAUUGAGUAUUUUAAAUAACUACUUUAUCUAAAAUAUUAAAAUGAUAAUUGAACCAUCCUUUUAAAAAACUGUUUUCUUUUCGUCGAUGUUUAUGUUUCUUCAUUUGGGUUCUCUAUAUCAAGUGGGUUGUCUUUGAGUUUUUAGAAGAGUGGAAGACUAUAAAUGUAUUUCAAAUAUAUUGUAAUGGUCUCUAUCUUUCCUCAGCACUUUGCUUAGAUCAGUCAUUUGACGUCUACUUAUCUACAACUUUUGAUUUAUAUUUAUGCAAAGCAUUUUAAAAGCGUUUUUAGAUGUAUUGAAAUAAAAGUGGCAAUCCUGUAUUUUCCCAAUGUCUAAUGACUAAAAUGAGAAGAAGUUAGAUUUUUAUGUAGCUAUUUUGUGUGAUGAAAAACUGUUCACUGCUCUACACUGGAUUGGAACAAUUUGGACGUGAGCUGCUCCUCUGUUGUCAGUAUUAUUAUUAUUCUUGUUGUCCAAGUCUUAGAUUUUUGUCUAAGAUGCCAAUUAUCUGUGAUGACAGUGCAUGUAAUCAGUAUGUGUCUUCUUCCAGACCCAUUAUUACUGACCACUCACUGCCCCUCGUAUUUUAAGUUACUAGUGUCUUUUAGUUUCGCGACACACUGAAAUCAAAGGGGAUUACAUCAUUGUAGUAUUCGUACUUGCCGUAAAAUAUUUCACUGCAGUUGCAAACAUUAUUUCUCAUUCCUCCUAUCAAUGCCACGUGACCGUGAUCUCAAUAGCAACACUGUUUAUUCUACAGCUGAUAGACUUUUGCACAGUACUGCACUUUAAUAGUAAUGUAUUUUACUUAUAAACAUUGGAAAAUGGCUUUUCUUUAUUCAACACCGUAAGUUUCCAUUUAUAUUUAUAUAGGCCAUGUGUGAUGCAAUGUAACAGUUGUUAGCAUCCACAGCGACUCGAGUAUUUUACUAUUUGAUGUUUACUUUCUAGAACAUUGAUUGUGUUCUUGAACAAUAUAUUUAUAUCUUAUUUUUAAUAUUUUGGAAUAUAAAACUCUUGUACGACUUUAGAUAACUGAAGUUGUUUUUUCCAUAUUUUCUCUGCGGUACUGAAAUAUAUUGCAGGAGAAUAUAAAUAAAUAAAUAAACAGUCCUUAGUAUAACCAGUGUAAAGACAGUCGACCUGUUAGCUACUGGUUAUAAGUAAGGCUGCUAUGCAUUUCACAACUAGGCAGAUGCAGUCUAUGAGGCAGAUGGUUGUUCAGAAGCAAAGCGCUGUGUUCCUCCCUUUAUAGGCAGCCUGACCAGAAGACAUCAUCAAUAGUUAGUUUUUUUUUAUGCAUUACAAUGACCUUUAAAAACAAAGGUUGAAAUGAGUUAGUUGAUGUAUAUUGAUCAUAUACAUAGCAGGUCAUCUUUUUUAAUUGUAUUCUAACCGGACAUGAUGAUGUUUCAAUACUUUUAAACAAACUCCACUUUCCUAAUAAAAUGAACGCUUGUCCUGUAUUUUGUGAACUGACUAGCAGUCUUGCAAAAUAAUAAAAAUAUCAGUAUUAUUUGAAAACACUUUGUCCCCUACAAGAUUUUUAUCAUUUUUGUUUCAGAGUAUGAAUCGAAAAAAUACAUUUGUCAUGUACUAAGUUUCAGAUGACAUGAAUAUGUUACUGAAGCUGAGCGUACUUCAAGACAGCUGUUAAAACGACCUGUUUGCUUGAAUUUUUCCUGCGUGCUUGAUCUCUACAAAAUUUGCAACAUGCAUUUUGAACUGGUCUGUAGUGCAUCAUUACAUGUACUUGACUGAUAAUAAAUUGUACAAUACACAAAACACCUACAGGGCAGAGCUAUUAUUUCUAGGGGAGAGGGUGUAUGUCUGUGUCAUGGUGAUGCAUUCUUGAGAAAUAAACCUACAAACAUCACCGGUACAGAGAGAUGUCUACACCUUGGCGUCUUGAGUAUGGUGAAUUAGCACACUGAAUUUUAUCAGCUGUAGACGUGGCAGGCAUUUUAUCAAGAUUUGUUACUUACUUCUGUGUAUUGUGAUGUUUGGUAGGCAUGUGUUUAUUAAAACUGAAUGAACAGUG